GUAGUAUUUUUUUUUUAAACUAACACCAGAGCCCGUCUACGGACAGAGCUCCACCAGAGCCCGUCUGGCUCCCUGGCUCCACAGUGUAUUUUAUCGUGGGUCAGUGUUGAAGUGUCUACGGGAUCUCCAUGUCUUGGCAAAAUGGAGGCCCACGGUAUUUUAAAAGCCUUUCCAAAAGUGAAGCGAUUAAAGGUCGCCGAGACCAAGGGUGCACCUCCACCCAAGAAGAAGUCCGAUGAAAUUGUAACAGGCACUGGGUUCCAAGGUGUCUCCAUAUACAUCCUUCCAGCUGGCAUUGGGAAAGCCAGAUGUGAGAUCUUCCAGAGACAGAUCACCCAGAAUGGGGGAAAGAUUGAGCAAGCGCUAGGCCCUGGUGUGACCCAUGUCAUUGUGGAGGAUACCAUGGACUGUGAGCGAGCUUUGAGGCUGCUGAAACAAGACGCCUUGUCUUCCUCAGUCAAAUUGGUGAAGUGUUCUUGGCUGAGCAUGUGCAUAUCUGAAAAACGGUUACUGGACACUACAGCCCACUGUCUUCUUCUUCCAGACAGGGACAUGCAAGACAAUAAAAGCAAGGCAAAAGAAGACCCUGUUAAAAACAACGCUACCAAAGAAGAUAUGACACAACAGCAUAACUUCCAAUCAGUGCAUGAAGACCCAGCGGAUACGAUGACGCAAACACAAACGCAGGAACGUAAGGACAACUACAGGGAUGAGGAUGGCGUGUCCCAAAAUGACCUGGAUGCACUGAUGGGUGGCCAUCACCCUACAGAAGGUCCCUCGAGCCCACCGGACACCACGGUUGCUACCGCCCCUGCCACUCCACAGCCCAGCCUGCCUGGGAAGUGGGUGUGUGCCCAGUCUUCCGUCACCAAGGGCAACAACCACAACAAGCACCUGACAGACAAGCUAGAGCCUCUGGCCAAGGCCUACACACACAAGGGGGACAGGUGGCGUGCCCUGGGCUACUCCAAAGCCGUCAACGCCCUGAAGAGUUACCACAAGCCAGUCACGUCUUAUGAGGAAGCGUGUCAGAUCCCAGGCAUCGGCCACAAAAUGGCUGACAAGAUUAUGGAGAUCAUGGAGAGUGGACACCUGCGCAAGCUGGACCACAUGGGGGACGACGUGCCCGUGCUAGAGCUGUUCACCAACAUCUGGGGCGUGGGAGCCAAAACCGCACACCUGUGGUACCAGAUGGGGUUUCGCACCUUGGAUGACAUCCGUACCAAAGCAACUUUAAAUCACACACAGCAAAUUGGCCUGAAACACUACGACGACUUUCUGGAUCGAAUGCCACGCGAAGAAGCAGCUGCCAUCGAGAAGACGGUCCGGGAUGCCGCUCAUGUUGUAGACCCAGGGCUGGUGUCGGUGGCCUGUGGCUCCUACCGUCGAGGAAAGGCCACGUGCGGAGACGUGGAUGUCCUCAUCACUCACCCGGACGGAAAGUCUCACAGGGGCAUCUUCAGUAAAGUCCUGCACAUCCUGCAUCAGAGUGGCUUUCUCACGGACGACCUGGUGAGCAACGAGGACAAUGGUGAGCAGAAGAAGUACAUGGGCGUAUGCCGGUUACCCGGCUCCAGGCAGCGUCACCGGCGCCUGGAUGUGAUCGUAGUGCCGCACAGCGAGUUCGCCUGCGCGCUGCUAUACUUUACGGGCUCGGCCCAUUUCAACCGUUCCAUGCGGGCCCUCGCCAAAACCAAGCACAUGAGCCUGUCCGAGCACGCGCUCAACUGCAAUGUGGUCCGCCAGGGCACCGCCAAGGUGGGAGUGGGCAGCCCACUGCCCACACACAGCGAGAAGGACGUCUUCACUCACCUGGGUGUCCCGUACAGGGAACCCCACGAGAGAGACUGGUAGUGUGAUGAUGGGAUUUGGGGAAGAGGGAUUUUUUUUUUUCCUGAAUCGGGACUUCUGUGGAGAUAUUUUAAGGUUUCUUUGGGAAAUGAUCCGUGUUGGUAUGUGACGUGUGUGUUCCUAUUUAAGAUGAUGUUGGUAACAGUUAAGGGAUACUGAGGACUUUUCAGAAACUGAGAGGAGUGCACAGCAAACCAUCAUGUUGAGUUUUUUUCUCAGUUUUCCACAAAACAUUUGCAGGGGAAUGUGUAUUGGUAAAUUUUUAACACUGUUCAGCGCAAGAAUGUAGAUUAAGAACCUAGCUGUCAUGGUUUAUGACCAUGAAGUUAUCUAUAUUUUUAAAACUGUAUGCAUGUCUUAAAUUGAGUGUAUGUAGAUUGUUUGCUGCUUAUACCUGAAGUACAAGUAAAAAAGAAACUGCAAAAUGG